AUGGCUGAUACUCAUAGAGAUUGGGCAGACAAGCUCCCAUAUGCAUUAUGGGCUUAUUGGACAUCCAUUCAAACUUCUACUGGGGCAACUCCUUUUUCAUUGGUCUAUGGAAUGGAGGAAAGACAUGAUGAGCUCAGCCUGCUAGAUGAGAAAUGGAUGAAAGAUAUGGAUCACCUCAAAAAGUACCAACUCAGAAUGGCGAGGGCCUUCAACAAAGGAGUUCGCCUGUGGAACAUCAAAGAAGGAGAUUUGUACUACCUUAAAGAGCAUUUGAUGAAUCUUAUCAACCGUUUUGAGGAUCCCUCUUACUUUGAAUGGAAGGGACCAAGCUCUUGGCCCAUAGAUUUCCUCAUACAAGUUGGCAGUAGGUUCUUCUCCAUUUCAGACGCUUCGCUGGGUAGUUCACUACCAGUGCCUUCAUCCAUUACUUCGUCAUUCAGACUUUCAGUGGAUGUUUCUUCAUCUGACUAUUUUUCAGAAGCUUGA